CCCUCUGUUAGACCCAACGAAGGGACCAACAGAAGAAACCCUUUUUGAUGCGUUCCCUCGAGAUUUCACGCAAAUCACAGUUUAUCGCCUUUGAUCGUCUCCGGCCUCGGAAAUGGCUUCCAAUGGAAGCUCCACGGGCAUUCUUUCUCGUGUUUUCGGUGAUCAUAGGGGGCAGGAAAUGCGGAGAGCAGCUUGGAGAAGAUCAAGCGGCAGCUGACAUCAGGGUCGGGGAAGUAUUUGCUGCAGGGCCCUCUUUUGAAACGAUCAGAAACGCUAAGGAAAUGGAAUGAGCGUUGGGUGAUUCUUGAUCCAACUACUGGGAAAAUGGAAUACAAGAUUCGGAGAAAUGAACCAGCUAUUAAGGGAACCAUCAUGUUUGAUUCAAACAGCAUAAUCACUAAUUCUCCCAUAAACAUCCAUGGAUUGCCAAAAUAUGAUGGAUGCUGCUUUUAUGUUGGCACACCAAAAAAAAAGGAGUAUUUUUUCUGUGCAGAGUCUCCUGGUGCCGCUAAGGGCUGGGUUUCCACUUUACAUGCCACACAGUUGGUACUGCGUGCUCAUAGGGAAGCAGUUAAUAACUUGAGUGGCAGUGGAUCGUCACAAUUACGAACAGUUGCUACUGUUGUUGCAGCGGCUAACUUAACUGCAAUGGAGGCUUCAAAAGAAAUCGAAACAGCCAUGAAGAUCUCCCUGAGAACUGCUCUGGGGUCGUUGGCUACUAAGCCAAAUGAUGCUCAACUAGAUGAUUUGACUAUUAUGAAGGAGACUAUUAGAGUCAAGGAUGAAGAACUACAUCAGUUGGCUAAGGAUCUUCGAGCUCGUGAUUUUACAAUAAAAGAAAUUACAGAUAAAUUAGUAGAGACAGCAGAGGCUGCUGAAACUGCUGCUUCUGCAGCUCAUACAAUGGAUGAGGAGAGAAGACUUGCAUGUGCAGAAAUUGGGCGUCUAAGGAAGGAUGCUGAGAAGUACCAAGGAACUAUCCAGCUUAAGUUGAAAGAAUAUGAAGAAAAGGUUAAGAACCUCUCACAGGAACGAGAGCUGUUGCUAAAGCAGAGAGAAUCUGCUCUUCAAGAAACACAUUUGUGGCGUUCUGAGCUUGCAAAGGCUAGGGAACGCGCUGUGGUAUUAGAAGCAGCUGUUGUGAGAGCUGAAGAAAGAGCCAGAAUAGCAGAGGUGGACUCCGAGGCCAGAGUAAAAGAUGCCGUAGAAAAAACAUUAACAGCUAUAAAAGAAAAAGAGGAUCUCCUGGCUCUUGUUCAUAGGUUGCAAUCACAAGUACAGAGACAAGGCAGCUCAAAGCAGGUCUUUGAAGAGAGAUCCGAUGCACACUCCACCCCCGAUGAUACUCUUCCGAUGACAAAGCACGUUGACUUAUCAGAAGAUGAUGUCGAUAAAGCUUGCUUAAAUGAUCCCAGGCCACUUCUGGCUUCUUCUGAAAGUGAAAUACAAGUUGGUGUAGAUGGAGUCGAUAUCCAUUCUGUUACUGAUGCUAACUGGCACAGUUUCCAGUCUUCAACUGCAAGAAUGACCAAUGUGCGUGAGAUUUCUCCCGAAGCAGAAGGAAACAGCUUGGAUAUUUCUGUUGAUAACGAACAUGGGGGAAGCUCACUCCAACCGUGAUCGAGUGUUAACCAUGGAAUUAGGCUUUUAACUUGGAUUGAGAGCAAGGCUUAUUUGGUUACUAUGAGAAAGUUCAUGAAAGAGAGAUGCUAUAGAACAAUAAAAAAUAUGAUACUUAUAGUAUUUUGUAUAGAGAAAUUGUAAUUUGUGAAGUUUUAAGAUUAUCAUGAGUUAAGAAGCCUCAUUUUUACUUA